CCUCUGCUUCCCUCCCAUCCCCCAAUCAAACCAGCCAGCCAGGGCACGGCUCAGGCACAGCCAGCCGUCCUUAUGAAACAGAGAGGUCAGGCCACCUCUCAGGACCUGGAUCAGGGAGAGAGGCAAGAGAUCCCCCAAGACCUGGCCCGACUCCAGUUUCAUUCCAAAGUCAGGCCAAAGGGCUCAGCUCCACCUUGUCCUCAACUCCUGCCCUGUUUCUGACUGGCUGUUUGGGCUGCUAAAGUCACUGGGAGACUUUGACCUCCCUCUGCAGCCUCGGGACGGGGUGAGAGAGUCUGCAGAAAGGAGGCUGGGACCCGGCGGCAGAGAGGAUCUGGGCUGUGGGAUUGCUCUCAUAACUUCUGUACCCAGGAGCCUAGGAGAGCAGCCUCCACGAUGCGUGUGGUUGUGAUUGGGGCAGGAGUGAUCGGACUUUCCACGGCCCUGUGCAUCCAUGAACAUUACCACCACACCCUACGGCCCCUGACCAUCGAGGUAUAUGCUGACCGCUUCACUCCACUCACAACCAGUGAUGGGGCUGCGGGCCUCUGGCAGCCCUACCUUUCAGAGAACCUACAGGAGAGGGCUUGGAACCAAAAGACCUUUGACUACCUACUGGGUUACAUCAGUUCUCCAGAAGCCAAGAAAAUGGGUCUGUUCCUCCUCUCGGGCUACAAUCUCUUCACUAAAGCUGUCCCAGAUCCCACCUGGAAGGACACAGUUCUGGGGUUUCGGAAACUGACAUCCCGAGAGCUCGAUCUGUUUCCUGGUUACAGCUAUGGGUGGUUCAAUACUGCAAUGAUCCUGGAGGGCAAGAGCUACCUGCCCUGGCUUACCCAGAGGUUAACUGAGCGGGGAGUCAAGUUCUUCCUGAGGAAAGUGCAGUCCUUUGAGGAGGUGGCAAGAGAAGGGGCAGAUGUCAUCAUCAAUUGCACCGGGGUGUGGGCUGGGAAUCUGCAAGCUGACCCUUUGCUGCAACCUGGACGGGGUCAGGUCCUCAAGGUAUUUGCCCCUUGGAUGAAGCACUUUAUUAUCACUCAUGAUUCAGAUGCUGGGAUCUACAAGACUCCCUAUAUCAUCCCAGGGAGCCAGACGGUCACCCUGGGGGGGAUCUUUCAGUUGGGCAACUGGAAUGAGAACAAUGAUCCCCAAGACCACAAUACCAUUUGGGAAAACUGCUGCCGCUUGGAGCCCACACUGCGGGAUGCAGAUAUCCUAAGUUCAUGGAGUGGUUUCCGGCCAGUGCGAUCUCAAGUCCGGCUGGAGAGAGAGAAACUGUCACGUGGGCCCUUCAAGGCAGAGCUCAUUCACAACUAUGGCAAGGAAAGGGACGGGCUAAUCCACUGGGGCGCCCGAAGGGUCUUUGGGCAAAUCCUGGAAGAACGGAAGCUGUCCGGGAUCCCUCCAUCCCACCUGUGAAGGGGCCCGGAUCUCAGCUCCCAAAGGGAGCUGUUCUACCCAAUUCUCCGCCAUUCCCACCCCCUCCUCCCCAUCCCCAGCCCUUUGUGCCAGGAAGCCUGCCUCGAGAAAAAACUGAGCAACCAAGAGGGUUCUCCCGCUCGCCAGAAUGUACAGCCCAAGAAGCCCAGGGUCACCGGGCCCCCACAUUGGGUACACUGGGAGGAGCUGUUCCAGCCCUGCAGAUCGGAUCGAAACAUGGUCAUCUCCCAAAAGGUUUCAUGUGAGAAGAGAGUGUGCAAAGACGAAAGAGCAGAGUUUGUUUGUUUGUGGGAUCACAGAUGGGAUCUCCCAGGCAAUCUCACCCAACCUCCCCCAUUUUAAAGAUGAGGAAACUGAGGCCCUCAGAGGUGAAGGUGAUUGCUCAGGGUCACACCAAAGGUGUUAGACAUGGGAUUGACACUCAGAAUCAUAGGAUCUCAGAGCUAUAAAUGACCCUAGAGGUCAUUGAGUCCAAUACUUCCAUUUUAUAGAUGGGCAGACUGAGAUCCUGAGAGGUGAAGGUGAUUGCUCAAGGUCAUAUCAAACAUGUUAGAUAUGGGGUUGACACUCAGAAUCAUAAGCUAGAAGUGACCUUAGAGAUCACUGAAUCCAGAGCUUCCAUUUUACAGAUGGGCAGACUGAGGUCCUGAGUCCAUAGAGAGAAACUGACUUACUGAAAGUCACAUAGCUAGUUCUAGAAUGUACAUAUCUUAGCUCCUGGCUUAGGGCACUUCUUAUUGGACCACAGCGGGCAGAGCUGGAACUGGGAGAGCAGAGAAGGGGAAAGGCCAGGGUCAAUAGCAGAGAAGGAUCAUCCUGCCCUCCAGAACCUAAGUCAGCCAGUUCAGCCCAGGGGCCGCAACAGUCCCACCUAACUCUCCCUUGGCCCAUAUUCCCAUCUCUUGGAAGCAUCGCUUCACAUGGAAAUUCUGUAGCAAGAAGAAAAAUGAACUCACUAAACGUCCUCCUUAUUUGAGAAUCAGGAAUUAAUGUCUCUGGCCCCAAACUCUGUCUGGGGGUGAUUCAUGGGAUCCGGAUAUUUAACCAAAAGAUAAACAGAAGAAAUGAUCCCUUUCCUGAAGCUAGAGGCACUGCCCAUUCUGGGGACUCGGGGCCAUCUUGCAGAGAAAGGGGAGCAUCUAAGGACAAGGGGCUCCCUGGGCAAGUAAUUCCCAGCCCUCCUGCUGCUAACAACUGGGACGUGAUUGGCUUCCUUCAUACAAUCAUAGAAAUGUCAAAGCUGGGAGGGCUCUUAGAACAGGGGAUGUCAGAGCUGGGAGAGCCCUUAGAACAGGGGAUGUCAGG